AUGCGUUUUUGUCCCCCAGAGGCUCUGUUCCUCGUAGGGACUUUAGUGCGGACGCGACCCCGCGGGUCAGAUGUGCCCCAGAAGGGCCGCAUAGCGCAGAUAAAAAUCGUGGGUGGCCCAGAGGGCUCCAAAAACCAACUCUUUAAUGUGAGGUUUUUUUGUGUCGCAGGGUCCGCCGAGGCACGAGAAGCCAAACAGACCUCAUGGUAUCGCUACGAUGAGCUCGAGUAUCUAAACCCACCCACUGCCAGCAAAACGCCCCUAUCCUUCGAGCAACGGACAAUUGGAGAGGUCUGUAUGGGGAACGUGCGCAUGGUCACAUGGUACUACUCUCCGUUCCCUCCUCCCUAUACACACUUACCAGAGAUCUUUAUCUGCCCGUUCUGCAUGCGUUACAUCCGAAAGAAAAAGACCUACACAGCUCACAUUCAGAACUGUGACAUGAGGCGCCCUCCGGGCUUGAGAAUAUACGACGACGGCCUCCUCGCAGUCUACGAGGUUGAUGGACGGCUCAACAAGCUGUUCUGUCAGUGUCUAUGUCUGUUUACGAAACUUUUUUUGGAUAGCAAAACUCUCUUUUAUGACACAGAUAUUUUCCUCUUUUAUGUUAUGACCGUACGCACCGACGUUCUUGACGAAGAAAUGAAUGCUUCUCUUCGGCGUCGUGGAGGCCCAGCUGUUGAGCCAGUUUGCAAUCUUCGCUAUCCCACAGGGGAAACAAUAGUCGGGUACUUCAGCAAAGAGAAGUGUGAAAACAAUAUUCUAGCGUGUAUUCUGACCUUUCCCUGCUUUCAUAGAAUGGGCAUAGGCUCUCUACUGAUUGAUUUUGCAUAUCUCCUUGGACAGAUGGAGAAUCGGCAAGCUGGCCCAGAGGAGCCUCUUUCAAAGCUUGGGCUAUUGGGCUUUACAGCAUACUGGUCGAACAAAGUCCUUGAGUAUCUUCUUCAAUACACUUUUGGGAUUAACUUGGAAGAGCUCCUUCAAGUAAGAAGAAAUGGCUCGAUGGCCACACUUAGUUCAGAGAGCGUGCCAGUCUCACUUGACGCCCAGAGCGAAUCUUCAAUGCACACACUUGGGACAGAGAAGGAGCUAACCUUCUCCCCCGUGCCUUCCAGUCGCGGAGCUUUUGAAGAUGCAAAGCUUCCAAAGAAGUCUGAGCACGUUGAUCUUGUUUACAUUUGUGAGCAGACUGGCCUACUUAAAAAGCACGCCAUGGCUGGGCUACAAGAGUUACCUUAUAUCCGGUUUCGCAACACAGAUUCAUUCGACAUCACCCAUACCAAUAUGGAGAAGUUGCUACAGCAUUACUUGAAGAAAGAGUCCAAGAAAGUAGGACGCCUGCUUUGUCACAGGCUUCGUCAAGAAAGUUUACACUGGGAGGCCUAUACAACGAUGUACAGGCGCAGAGACAGAAUAGUAUGA